AUGGCCCCGAAGCCGGCGCAGACCAGCGGCCGGCUGACGGGCGUGUGGGCGCAGCUCAAGGACGCGGUGACCACUUAUCGGCUGCUGUUCGACGAGUCCGGCCUGCCGGGACUGCGUUUUGUGCUGGGCUUUCGGCACCCUCUGAGGCGACUCGCCUGGCUUGCCGUGUACGCCGUGCUCUUCGUCCUCACCAUGCGGGACACGCACAAGCUGCUGACCGAGUACUACGCCUACGACGACCGCGUCAACCAGGAGAUCCUGGAGCAAAAACAAGUCCAGUUCCCAGCGAUCACUGUGUGCAACAUGAACCCGUGGAGGAAGUCGGUGCUGUGCAGCGAGGAGAGCUUCCAGGGGAAGAUUGAGAAGGCGCUGCAAGCCAAGCUCUGCUCGAUGCCCAACAGGAACGUCACUCUGACCGAUGACGACAUCGCCUUGUCCAACCGGCUGAAGCAGUGGAUUUCGGAGGAGCAGCGGCGAAACCUCAGCCGCGCCGAGAAACUGGGCCACCAGCUCGAAGACAUGAUCCAGGUGUGCCGCGUCCACGAAGGGGACUGUCUCAGCACCAAGAUCCUAGAGAUACGAAUGGUGCCCCGUUACGGAAACUGUUACUGCCUCGGCUGCAACAGCAGUCGCUUCAGCUGGCAGGCGAUGCAGAUGUCGGAUCCCGAAAAUGGUCUACGCAUGUCCCUGAACAUGGAACCCGAGGAGUUCCUUCCUCUCACUGUGGACGCUGGCUUCUACAUCAUGGUCCACCAGGCCGGGGCUCAGGAGGAGGUCUUUGACAACGCUGUGUACGCUCCGCCGGGCGCCACAACUUACAUAGGAGUAUCAAAGAUGAUUUCUAAAAACCUCAAGGAACCGUAUAAAAAUCCCUGCCAAGAUCACUGGCCCCCGGAGUUAGCAAAAUAUGUUGUCAAAGGCAUAGUGUACACAAAGCGGGCCUGUGACGAGUACUGCUACCAAGUGCACAUCUUCGAGAAAUGCGGAUGCCGGUCAUUCAACCACAUCAGGGUGUUUGCACCCCAACUUAUGGAGUCGCCAGUCUGUGUGGACGUCCUGCGAGGGGACUGCGAAAGAUCCGUCGAAGCGAAAAUAGACCGGAAAAUAAUCACGUGCAAGUGUCUGACGGCUUGUGAGAUUCACGUCAGGGUGGUGGUAUUCAUGAGAAGCACGAAGGUCCUCUACAAGAGUAAAGAGCCGAAGCUAACGCUAUCGAACCUGUUCCGCAACAUCGGCGGCUUGAUGGGUGUCUACCUGGGUUACUCGUCGCUGCAGAUCUUCCACGUGCUCGACGUGCUCGUAGACGGAGCGUACUCGUCGCUAUCGGGCAUUUGGAGUCGCUACACGAGGAACCGCCAGCGCAGACGCGGCCAGGCACCGCUGCGCCGUCGUGGCUUCCCGCUGCCCGAAGAGGCCGUGCCGCGGUAUCCCGUCACUACACAGCCAUCCAUGUACGCGCUCUGA